AGUUGGAGAGUGGACGGAAAAAACCUACAUGACUGUAGCAAUUUAAACAUCAAAGAAAAUUAAGAAAUUCAAUUCACCUUCACCAUGACAAGUGUUGGUCCUGCGGGAGAUGAAGAUCAAGUGGAUGAAAGUGAACCAGUCGUCUGCGAGGACCUCAAUGCGGAGGGAAGUGACGUCAAACCAAAGAUUGAUUUUGCAACAGUACCUGGAUACAACAAUGUGCGACUCGACCAGUCCCUACUCCCUCCUCCACCCACGGACUAUGCCCCCCCUAAGGACUGGAAACAGCCGGAUUUCAUGAGUGCGCCUGUCAUUUCCGAAGAGACUGCGAGACAAGCUUUACUAGAACAUGUUUCACAACAGUGUUGCUGGGGAAAGGGUGCCGCGGAAAAACUGACAUUCAAGGAACUGCAGUCGUCUACCUCUUAUCACUGGUAUAGGAGGAAUUGCGGACAAGAGAUGGAUAUACCUUUCAAUAUUACAGAGAAUGGCAGUCAGCCUGUUAAUGGACCUCAAAACGGUCCUGCCCCGGGCCCCUGGGAUAUUCCAGCUUCGUUCAGUAAAUAUUUCGUGAAUGAAACACAGCACCACGAGGUUCCUUUCACCGCCUAUGUAAAGGAUUGUCAUAAGUGUAAUGCGAGGGGAUAUGUGAGAUGUGGUAAAUGUAUGGGCAGAGGAAAGGUGAAAUGCGGGACUUGUCACGGCUCGGGAAGGAGGCGGGUGUAUCGUAAUGGAGAACAUCGCGUCGUGUCAUGCUCGAUGUGUCAUGGAGGGAAAAGAAGAUGCCCGCGAUGUGGCGGAGACGGUCGAGUGACCUGUCCCACGUGUAAAAGUCACUGUCGGUUAAAAUGGUUCAUCAAGCUUACAGUCAACUGGGUGAAUAACAUUGGAGAGCACGUCGUAGAGAAGACAGAAUUACCCGACCACCUGGUCUCACAAGCCGCCGGCACUAUGGGAUUUGAGGACACACAAAUAAGAGUGAUGCCAAUAUCUAGGUUUCCAGUGGGGGAAAUAAACGAGGCUUCGGGGAAACUGAUUGCUAGUCAUCAGUUUCCUAAUCGUAGGAUCCACAUGCAGCAUCACAUAAUCCGUAUGAUACCAGUGACCCAAUGCUUCUGUCAGUACAAAGAGAAGGGCGUGAAUUACUUUGUCUACGGACUGGAGAGCCGGGUCUACGCCCCGGAGUACCCCGACCAGUGCUGCUGGGGAUGUAAUAUACUGUAAUGGAGGUCAAAGGAUUCUCACAUGGACUUGGACACCUGUUCUAAUAUUCAGUAUUUAGUUGUAUUUUUUUUAAAGGUACUUAAUUUUUUUUUUGUCAUUUUGAAGCAUAUUUCAAACGUGUUAUUUUUGAAUACUCAACAAGCAUUUAUAUUUUUUUCCCCGUUAAGAGAGGUUUCGAACUGAUAUGUUAAAAAACAGUGCUGAUCAUGUGAGCCUUUAGUAUCCAUUCCCCAAUCCUCUUAAAUCAGAUUUUUUUUUUCUUUUUAAUCAAAUUAUUAACUUUCAUACUUUGCGCGAUAAUUAUACUCUAACUUUUGACGAUGACAGAUUUGUUUUGUCGGAGUGCAAUUUUAAUUUUAAAAUCUAUAGUUCUGUGAUACUGUUUCUCAAUCAAAGUGUUCUUUAAUUUUUUUACAUGAUAUAUACACACAUACUUGUACGUAUACAACUUUUAUAUUUAUUCAAAUACAUUGUAUUUUUCUUAUUAAUGUGCGUUGCAACUACAUUCUAAGGUAUUUGUUUUUACCUCUUUGGAUUCAGCUGUAUGUAAUCCUUAUUCAGGACACUGUCAAAUUCGUGUGUAA